CAGUUUCGAGGAAGUGACGCGCGCAUGAGACUGGGCGAAGGAAGUUUGCUCCGUGGUACUGAACGAAACUUUUCCCCGGAGCUACAGUGGGAGAUCAGAACAAUCCUGGAGAAUUGUGUUGCUGGGAGAGUGAUCCAGUCGUGCAGGGAACCAUUGUUUUCCUCAGUACGCCUGUGAGAUUGGUAGAGGACCGCAAAGGAUUUUUUCUCCCGUGUUCUAUCCCCCUACUCUAUCCGAGAUGGGGAAGGAGCAGGAACUCCUAGAGGCGGCGCGCACUGGAAAUCUUGCCGCUGUGGAAAAGCUUCUUUCUGGGAAACGACAAUCGACUGGAAGUGGCAGUGGAUCAUCGGGGACUGGUGGAAGCAGCAAUAUCAGUGGUCACAAUGCUUCUCACCCGCUGUCCAGCCUUCUCAGUAUCUGGAGGGGUCCUAAUGUAAACUGUGUGGACAGCACUGGAUACACUCCUCUACACCAUGCUGCCCUAAAUGGACACAGUGAGGUAGUGGAGGCGCUGCUACGUAACGAGGCCUUGACCAACAUCGCUGACAAUAAGGGCUGCUACCCCCUGCACCUGGCCGCAUGGAAGGGGGACCAAAGGAUCGUCAGGCUACUCAUUCACCAAGGCCCCUCACACCCCAAACUCAACGAGCAGAGCUCCUCUGUAGAGCACAAAGAGUUGAAACGCUGUGGGCCCUUUGACCUGCAUAUUAAUGCCAAGAACAACGACAACGAGACCCUCCACUGUGCCGCCCAGUACGGCCACACCCAGGUGGUGCGUCUGCUGCUGGAGGAGCUGACCGACCCCACCAUGAGGAACAACAAGUUUGAGACGCCGCUGGACCUGGCGGCGCUCUACGGCCGUCUGGAGGUGGUCAAGCUGCUGCUCACCGCCCACCCCAACCUGCUCUGCUGCAACACCAAGAAACACACGCCGCUGCACCUGGCCUCACGCAACGGACACCUGGCCGUGGUGGAGGUGCUGCUGGCGGCCGGCAUGGACAUCAACUACGAGACGGAGAAGGGCAGCGCCCUCCAUGAAGCAGCUCUCUUCGGGAAGACUGACGUGGUGCAGAAACUUCUGCGUGCAGGGGUUAAUGUGAACAUGGUGGACAGCAAGGGCCUGACAGCGCUGGACACUGUCAGAGAAAUGCCCUCUCAGAAGAGCCGACAGAUAGCAGCUCUAAUCCUGGGCCAUAUGUCAGGAAAUCCCCCUGUUUUACACUUGCCUCCUCCCCCUGUCCCUCCACCUAAUGAGAGCCCUAGCCUUCGGAAAAAAGGUGAGCUGGGGGUGGUAAGUGAGCUGAUCUCAGGGCUGGCCCCGGGGCCUGAGGAGGAGAGCCCGUAUGAGGCUCUGUUCGAGGCCACUUCCUGUCACUCUCUGGACAGUCUGACCAGUGGCAAGUCCUCCGACAGGGACUCUGGACGACCUGAUAGUGAAGCCGGAAAGAAAGACCGGCUUGCUCACCAAUCCCAGCAUGCCCCUGGCCAGGAAGAGGAGCUUAACUCAGAGGCCCUGUACACUAACAGCAGCAUCGAGGAGAGAGGGGAGGAGGAGGUGGAUCACACGUAUGAAUUGCUGCUCUCCGCCCAGACAGAAGUCCCCCAGUCUGCACAGGACCCCCCAUCACAGAAAUGUACAGAUGAGAACGCUACCUCUCAACAGUCUUCCAACAGUCUUCUACCUCAGCAGCGGAAGCCCACUGCCCCUAGUGACCUCCGACCUUCAGGCCAGACGGGCGACACCCUGAAGCUCCCCGGACCUCCUGUGGUUGGGCCGGGACGGACUGGCCUCGGCCUUACUGGUGAUAACUCCUUGCUCGGCCAGGACCUGGUCGCAGUACCUGAAGUGUUCACAGGCCUCCUGCACGGAUCCUCGCCCGUCUUUGACUGUCGGGAGGAGUCCAUCAGCAGCCUGCCAGGUGGAGUACUGACACAGUCCAGCCAAGGCCAACAGCCGGCGCCAGCUCCAACAGCACCCGCCAAAGCAACAGAAGCUCCGCCUCCUCCAAACAAUCCAAUCGACAUGUCUGCCGUCCUGACAGACUGUGACCCCAAAGCUAUCUAUGCCACCGUGUCCAAGGGGGAGCCCAGGGACAGAGACCGGGACAUGGGGUCUGGGGCUGUGCCUGCUGGCAGGAUGCGCCCCCCUGGGGAUUUGAAGCUGGCUCGCAGCUUUUCCAAGUCGGACUCAGACCUGCUGGUGUCACCGCCUAGCGAGGAGGAGGGAGGGCUGGGCAGCCGCAGUGAGUCCGUCUCCAACUGCAGCGCAGCCAAAAAGAGGCUGGAGAAGUCGCCCUCGUUCGCCUCUGAAUGGGACGAGCAGAUGCCUCCCACACGGCCUCUUCUGAGAUCUCAGUCCUUUGAAAGUAUUGAGAAGAUCAUGACGUUGAUUGGAGCAGGCAUUGAUUUCUCUAGAGACCAGCAGUACUCUACCCCAGGUGGGGCAGCUGGGCGGCUGCUGGACCAGCCCGUGGGAGACUGGCUGGAGCACGUGGGGCUGCCGCAGUACGAGAGCAAGCUGCUGCUCAACGGCUUCGACGACCUGCACUACAUGGGUAGUAAUGUGAUGGAGGAGCAGGACCUGAGGGAGAUAGGCAUCACAGACCCAGGACAUCGGAGGAAGAUCCUGCAUGCAGCUCGAUCCCUACCUAAGGUGAAGGCCCUGGGCUGUGACGGCAGUAACUCUCUGUCCUCCUGGCUGGACCUCCUGGGCCUGCAGGAGUACCAACACAGUUUCCUGUCCAGCGGAUACCGUAGCCUCGACUGUGUCAAGAACCUGUGGGAACUGGAGAUUGUCAACGUGCUGAAGAUCUCCCUGCUGGGACACAGGAAACGGAUCAUCGCCUCGCUGGCAGAGCAGCCUUAUGAGGAACCUCCUGUCAAGCCCCCCCGCCUGUCCCAGAUCAGGUGUCAGGACCUGGUAUCCCAGACCUCCUCUCCCAUCAGUCACAUGGACUCCUAUACGGGCCGCUCCAUGGACCCCAUCCUGCCCCUGGGGGAGCCUGGGGGGAGGAAGGGGCCCAACCCCGAAUACGAUGUGGCCCCCCACCGUUCCCGCAGUGAACGACACCGAUCACAUGAGAGGUAUGAGGAGCGGCAUCGUGAGCCCCGUCUGACCCUGCGACCCCCCAGCAUGGCAGCACCCUACACCCCUGUACAGAACUGGCACCACCAGCCCGAGAAGCUCAUCUUUGAAUCCUGUGGAUAUGAAGCCAAUUACCUGGGAUCUAUGCUCAUAAAGGAGCUACGGGGGACGGACUCCACCCAGGAUGCCUGUGCCAAAAUGAGGAGGUCAACAGAGCAGAUGAAGAAGGUCCCCACUAUCUUCCUCUCCAUCACCUAUAAAGGGGUGAAGUUCAUUGAUGCGGCCAAUAAGAACAUCAUUGCAGAACAUGAAAUCCGGAACAUCUCGUGCGCGGCCCAGGACCCAGAGGAUCUGUGCACGUUUGCCUACAUCACCAAGGACCUGCAGACCAACCACCACUACUGCCAUGUGUUCAGCACAGUGGACGUGAACCUGACCUAUGAAAUCAUCCUGACGCUGGGACAGGCAUUUGAGGUGGCCUAUCAGUUAGCUCUCCAGGCCCAGAGGACCAAACAGCACCAGGGCAUCCCAGCAGGACCCGGGGCAGAGGUCAUCGAGACCAAAUCCAGCCAGCCCGUUCCCAAACCACGGGGUGGCGUAAGGAAAUCAGGGGUGGACCCGUUGGAGCUGGAAGUGGACUCCCAGUCCCAGGGCAGCACCACGUGGCUGGUGGACCCUGUCCCCAAAGACUCCAAGAGGACCAUCAGCACUAAGUACGAGACCACCAUAUUCUGAGUGGACCCGACACAUCUCCCGCCCUCUGCCCUUUGACCCUGGGCUUGACCUUCUGACUUACUGUACCUUUCCUCCUCCUCCUCCAUCUGUGUGCCUUUCACUGUGACUCUGCCUCUUUCUCAGGAGGGCCAGAACCCUCCUGCCCUCCUCUGUCUCCACCUCUCCUCUGCCUCCACCUCCUCUCCUCUGUCUGCUGAAAGACUCAACUUCUCUCCUCCCCCUGUCUGUUAUUCAGUCUACCAUUAUGAGACCUGCCUCUUCUGUCCUUGCCUCGCCACUGCCUCUCCCCCUGACCACAACUCUGUUAGUGGGGACUAACUGAACAACCUCCUGGACUAACACCCUGAUCCCUGCUCCUUUUCACUGUGUUAAACUGCUGACUCCUCUGGGCCCUGAAUCAUUGCUCUGUGAUCAUCGUAUAUUCCUAGGCAUUUGGUUCCCCUUGCCUCUGUGAAGCAUGAUACUCUACCUUGUCCUUCCACUUCCCUCACAUUGACACUGUUAGUUCUGCUUAAACUGUUCUACUGUAUGGUGCUGUUAUUCAGUGCCCCUAGCUAUGAUGUGUGUAGGACAGCUAAUGUAAUCCACAAAUCCAGUCACUGAUUAAGUUUGUUCAGUGGCUACUAUCUCCAUUCUACCUACCUACCUCCCCACUCCUCACCAUUCCUCUUUCCCUCCCCCAAAUUCUCUUCGGACAAUCCUUAAUUUUUCUAUCCAUCUAUCCCUCCUUCCUUUUUCCUUUCUCCUCUGGGUGCUUUUACUGCUC